AGAAAAUUUUUUUAAAACAAAAAAAGAAAAGAAAAGAAAGAUCUUCACCGAUUUCUAGGGUUUGACUCCAUGAAAUUGCACAAAUUGCGCGAAGUCCGGAGAGUGGGAAACCAAUGAGUCAAAUCACCGAUUCACGUCGAGUUCGCUCCUCCCUCUCCUUCUCUCUAUGAUCCAACCUCUCUAUUGGAUUCCGAGAAUAUCGCGCCUUUAAAGAGAAAUUCUGUUUGCGCAAAACCUUGAAAUAGAGAUUGUGAAAAUGUGUAGAUAGACAGAGAGAGAGUGGGGUUUGUGUGUCUUUGUUUUUUUAACGUUGGGAUCUGAGAGUAAAAUACGGGUUUUUGUCAAAAUUUUGGAGGGAUUGCGUGCGCUCUGUGGGGUUUUGAAGUUUUUUUUUGUCUGGAUUGAGCUCAUUGGGUUUUGUCUUUUUCUGCGUGGAUUUUGGUUAAUUUUGUAUGCAAUCUAGUGGUGGCGGAGGUGGGGGCCCCGGCCGGACUCCGGCAGGGCGUACGGGGUCCUCGUCAUCUGCAGCUUCGCCGUCUUCAUCCUCAUCUGCUGUAUCAACGCCACACUUGGGGUUUUAUUCAGUGCACCAGCAACAGCAGCAACAACAGCAGCAACAACAGCAACAUAUAGGGACUAGGCAGUCAUUUCAGCAACAAUUACUAAGAAAACCUGAAGGAAAUGAAUCCCUUCUAGCUUAUCCAGCUGGUCUACAGGGGAUUAUGGGCGGGGGCAGUUUCGCUUCAUCUCCAGGCUCAAUGCAAAUUCCUCAACAGUCUAGGAAUUUCUUUGAUUUGCCUCAACAACCUGGUUCCACUCAGGAGGGCCAGACUAGGAGUCAAGGCGUGGAGCAACAAAUGCUAAAUCCUGUUCACCAGGCUUAUCUUCAAUAUGCCUUUCAGGCUUCCCAACAAAGGUCAUCUUUGCAGUCACAGCAACAAGCAAAGAUGGGGAUGUUGGGCGCUUCAUCUGGAAAGGAUCAGGACAUAAAGAUGGGAAAUAAGAAAAUACCGGAACACAGUUCUAUGCAGGCAGUUAGUCAGGCUCAGGCAUCAUCCUCCAAGAACUCUGCUGAACAUUUCCCUCGUGAUGAAAAGCAGAUAGAACAAGGAAAGCAGCUGGCCCCUGAUCAGAGAAAUGAGUCAAAAUCUACUGUCCAGCCAGCAGGGCAGUCUCUCUCUGCGAAAGCCAGGCAGCCAGUUCCAUCGGGUCCUUUUGCUUCGACUUCCAGUUUUGGGGUAGUUAAUAACAUGAACACCACUGCAGGGCAGCAAUUAGCUGUUACUGUCAAAGAUAGCCAAGUACAUCUGAGACAGUCACCUGGGUUUGCAAAUGGGAUGCUGCCCAUGCAGCCCCUUCAAUCAUCGUCAAGUGUGGGCUCAGGUGUGGAUCAAACUUUACCUGCAAAAAAUUCGCCAGGUGUUUCUGAAACUUUGCAGAUGCAAUACCUCAGACAGUUGAAUCGAUCUUCUCCACAGCCUGCUGCACCUUCUAUUGAGGGAGGCUCAGGCAACCAUUUCCCAUCACAGGGUGGGUCAGCACUCCAGAUGCCACAGCAGCGUUUUGGGUUCACCAAACAGCAGUUGCAUGUUCUAAAAGCACAAAUACUAGCAUUUAGGCGAUUGAAGAAAGGCGAAGGUACUCUUCCGCAAGAGCUUCUUCGAGCUGUUGUUCCACCACCCCUUGAGUUGCAGCUGCAGCAACAGUUUCUUCCUGCUGGAGGAAGUAAUCAGGAAAGAACUUCUGGUAAGAUUGCAGAGGUCCAAGCAAGGCAUAUGGAUUCCAGUGAGAAGGAUUGUCAGGCUCUAACAUCAGCUAAUGGAAAUAACUUUCCAAAAGAGGAAGCUUCUGCAGGGGAUGAAAAAGCAACUGUAUCAGCAAUGCAUAUACAAAAUGCACCAGCUACAAUGAAAGAACCUACUACUUUGGUAGCUGCUGGAAAAGAAGAACAACAAUCUGCUAUUUUUUCUGCUAAGGCGGACCAGGAAGUUGACUGUGUACCUUCGAAAACUCAUACUAAAAGUGAUUUUACAGGAGAUAAGGGAAAGACUGUUUCACCACAUGCUGCCUUGUCUGAUACAAUGCAAGCCAAUAAACCUGUGCAAGCAAGCACUGCUUGUCAGCAAAAGGAUGCUGGAGCUGCUAGAAAGUAUUAUGGACCACUUUUUGAUGUUCCAUAUUUUACCAGGAAACAUGACUCAGUUGGGACCACUGGGAUGUUAAAUAACAAUAACAGUCUAACAUUGGCAUAUGAUGUCAAAGAUAUACUUUUUGAGGAAGGCACGGAAGUGCUUAAAAAGAAACGGUCAGAAAAUUUGAAGAAGGUAAGUGGUUUACUGGCGGUCAAUUUGGAACGGAAAAGGAUUAGGCCAGAUCUUGUUUUGCGGUUACAAAUUGAAGAAAAGAAGCUUCGGCUUGCAGAUCUACAGGCACGAUUGAGAGAUGAAGUUGAUCAACAGCAGCAGGAGAUAAUGGCAAUGCCUGAUAGGCUAUACAGGAAGUUUGUGCGUUUGUGUGAGCGUCAGCGGAUGGAGCUGAUAAGACAAGUACAGGCCUCCCAGAAAGCCAUGAGGGAGAAGCAGUUGAAAUCCAUCUUUCAGUGGCGUAAGAAACUUCUUGAGGCUCAUUGGGCCAUUCGUGAUUCACGAACUGCCCGUAAUAGGGGAGUUGCCAAAUAUCAUGAGAGAAUGUUGAGGGAGUUCUCAAAGAGAAAGGAUGAUGAUCGGAGUAAAAGAAUGGAGGCAUUGAAGAAUAAUGAUGUUGAAAGGUACAGGGAGAUGCUGCUGGAGAAGCAGACAAGCAUGCCGGGUGAUGCUUCAGAGAGAUAUGCUGUUCUCUCAUCAUUUUUGAGUCAGACUGAAGAAUAUCUUCAUAAACUGGGAAGUAAAGUAACAGCUUCCAAAAAUCAGCAAGAAGUAGAGGAGGCAGCAACAGCAGCCGCUGCUGCGGCGCGGUUGCAGGGUCUCUCAGAAGAAGAAGUGAGAGCAGCAGCAGCUUGUGCUGGAGAAGAAGUAAUGAUAAGAAAUCGCUUCAUUGAAAUGAAUGUCCCCAGGGAUGGUUCAUCUGUCAACAAGUAUUAUACCCUUGCACAUGCUGUAACUGAAAGGGUUGUGAGGCAACCUUCUAUGUUACGCACUGGAACCUUACGAGACUAUCAGCUUGUUGGAUUGCAAUGGAUGCUUUCUUUGUAUAAUAAUAAGUUGAAUGGAAUUUUGGCAGAUGAGAUGGGUCUUGGAAAGACUGUCCAGGUUAUGGCAUUGAUUGCUUAUCUGAUGGAAUUUAAGGGGAACUAUGGCCCACAUCUUAUAGUUGUUCCCAAUGCCGUUUUGGUUAAUUGGAAGAGUGAGUUGCACAGUUGGCUGCCCUCAGUUUCAUGCAUUUUCUAUGUUGGUGCAAAGGAGCAAAGAUCAAAAUUAUUUUCUCAAGAGGUUUCUGCCCUCAAGUUUAAUGUUCUAGUGACAACCUAUGAAUUCAUCAUGUAUGAUCGCUCGAAGCUCUCUAAAGUUGAUUGGAAGUAUAUUAUUAUUGAUGAAGCACAGCGAAUGAAAGACAGAGAAUCAGUUUUAGCUCGUGAUCUUGAUAGAUAUCGCUGCCAGCGGCGCCUACUUCUAACUGGGACACCAUUACAGAAUGAUUUAAAGGAACUGUGGUCACUUUUAAAUCUACUGCUUCCUGAAGUAUUCGAUAAUCGGAAAGCAUUUCAUGAUUGGUUCUCACAACCCUUUCAAAAAGAAGGUCCUGCGCAUAAUGCUGAAGAUGACUGGCUUGAGACCGAGAAAAAAGUCAUAAUUAUCCAUCGACUUCAUCAAAUUCUGGAGCCCUUUAUGCUCAGACGUCGUGUAGAGGAUGUGGAAGGUUCACUUCCACCCAAGGUUUCCAUUGUUUUGAGAUGUCGAAUGUCAGCUAUUCAGAGUGCCAUUUAUGAUUGGAUCAAAUUGACUGGUGCAAUUCGAGUUGAUCCUGAAGAGGAGAAGCUUAGGCUUCAGAAGAAUCCUACAUAUCAGGUUAAGGUGUAUAAAACUUUAAAGAACCGGUGUAUGGAGCUUCGAAAAGCUUGUAAUCAUCCUUUGCUCAAUUACCCCUACUUCAGUGAUUUUUCCAAGGAUUUCCUGGUUAGAUCUUGUGGAAAACUGUGGAUCCUGGACAGGAUCCUCAUAAAGCUUCAGAGAACAGGACAUCGAGUACUGCUCUUUAGUACCAUGACAAAACUUCUUGAUAUAUUGGAGGAAUACUUGCAGUGGAGGCGACUUAUAUACAGGAGAAUUGAUGGAACAACCAGCCUGGAGGAUCGUGAGUCAGCAAUAGUGGAUUUUAAUAGCCCUGAUUCGGAUUGCUUUAUUUUCUUGCUUAGUAUUCGAGCAGCUGGACGGGGCCUCAACCUUCAGUCAGCUGACACAGUAAUUAUAUAUGAUCCUGAUCCAAACCCUAAAAAUGAGGAGCAGGCAGUUGCUAGAGCACACCGCAUUGGACAGAAGAGAGAAGUUAAAGUCAUAUAUAUGGAAGCGGUUGUUGACAAAAUCUCCAGCCAUCAGAAAGAGGAUGAAUUAAGAAGUGGAGGUACUGUUGAUUUAGAAGAUGACCUUGCUGGUAAGGAUAGAUAUAUGGGUUCCAUUGAGGGCCUCAUAAGAAAAAAUAUACAGCAGUAUAAGAUUGACAUGGCUGAUGAGGUUAUUAAUGCUGGGCGUUUUGACCAAAGAACAACGCAUGAAGAGAGACGCAUGACUUUAGAGACGUUAUUGCAUGAUGAGGAGAGAUAUCAAGAAACCUUACACGACGUUCCCUCGCUGCUGGAGGUAAAUCGCAUGAUAGCAAGGAGUGAAGAUGAAAUUGAGUUGUUUGAUCAGAUGGAUGAAGAUCUGGAUUGGACUGAGGAGAUGACCAGCUUUGACCAGGUGCCUAAGUGGCUUCGAGCCAGCACAAAAGAAGUGAAUGCUGUUAUUGCUAGUCUGUCAAAGAAACCAUAUAAAAAUACUUUAUAUGCUGGAAGUAUUGGUAUGGAGUCUUCUGAAAAGGAACCUGAAAGAAAAAGGGGCCGUCCCAAGGGGAAAAAGCCCCCUAAUUACAGGGAAAUGGAUGAUGAGAAUGGAGAAUACUCUGAAGCAAGUUUUGAUGAGAGAAAUGAAUAUUCUAUGCAUGAAGAAGAGGGAGAAAUUGGGGAGUUUGAAGAUGAUGAAUUUAGUGGUGCUGUUGGGGCACCACCUGUCAUUAAAGAGCAGUCAGAAGACGACAGUCCGCAAUGUGAUGGCGGAUAUGGGUAUCAUCAGGCUUUAGAAGGCACUAGAAACCAUCGUAUGGUCGAAGAAGCUGGCUCAUCAGGUUUAGAAGGCACUAGAAACCAUAUGGUGGAAGAAGCUGGCUCAUCAGGGUCAUCGUCAGACAGCCGAAGAGUUACACAGAUGGUAUCUCCUGUUUCUUCUCAGAAAUUUGGUUCCCUGUCUGCAUUGGAAGCUAGACCAGGUUCCGUUUCUAAAAGGCUGCCAGAUGAACUAGAGGAGGGGGAAAUUGCAUUAUCUGGAGAUUGUCACGUGGAUCACCAGCAGUCUGGUAGUUGGAAUCAUGAUCGUGAUGAGGGUGAAGAUGAACAGGUUGUGCAGCCAAAAAUAAAGCGAAAACGUAGUAUUCGGCUUCGGCCACGCCAUACUGUAGAAAGGCUGGAAGAGAAGUCUGGUUAUGAAGCACCAUCUGUACAACGUGGAGAUUCAGGUUUGCUGGCGUUCCAAGUGGACCAUAAAUAUCAACCACAGUUGAGGGCUAAUACAGAAUUGAAAUCACUUGGAGAUUCUAAUGAUUCCAAGUUUGAUCGAAGUGAUUCUGCAAAAGGUAGGGGAACCUUGUCGUCGAGGAGGAUAGCUAAUACAUCAAAAUCACAUCCAUCAUCAAAACCAAGUAGAUUGAAUCUGCAGUAUACUUCUGCAGAAGAUCCUCUUGAUCACAGUGGAGAGAAUUUGGAUUCUAAAGGGACACAGACAAGUGGGACUCCAAUGGUUGGCCCUAGAAUGUCUGAUGUACUUCAGAGAAAGUGCAAGAAUGUGGUUGGCAAGCUCCAAAGGAGAAUUGAAAAGGAGGGUCAUCAGAUAGUACCCCUGCUAACUGAUUUGUGGAAGAGAAUUGAAAAUUCUGGUUAUGCUACUGGAGCUGGCAGUAGUCUUUUGGAUAUAAGAAAAAUCGAUCAGCGUGUUGAAAGACUAGAGUAUGCUGGAGUUGUGGACCUGGUAGUUGAUGUGCAGUUUAUGUUGAAAAGUGCAAUGCAGUAUUAUUCGUACUCGCACGAGGUUAGAUCUGAAGCGAGGAAAGUACAUGAUCUCUUUUUUGAUAUAUUGAAAAUUGCAUUCCCAGAGGCAGAUUUUCGAGAGGCCAGAAAUGCAAUCUCUUUUUCUGGCCAGGGAUCCAUAUCCACAGCUGCAUCCCCAAGGCUGGUGGCUGUUGGGCAAAGCAAGAAACACAAGUUGAUUAAUGAGGUAGAGCCUGACAUGGGGAAUCCCCAGAAGCCCAUGGUCAGGAUGCACAUGCCCCAGAAGGAUUUGAGGUUAGGGAGUGGAAAUAUCACUGGCCGGGAUCAAUGCCAGCAGGAUGAUUCUUCACGGCUCACUCAUCCAGGAGAGCUGGUUAUCUGCAAGAAAAAGAGGAAAGAGAGGGAAAAAACACUGGUGAAGUCUAGGAGUGGAUCAACUGGGCCUGUCUCACCUCCCAGUGUGAGUCGUAAUAUGAGAAGUCCAGGGUCAGGCUCCGUAUCCAGGGAUGUGAGACUGAGUCAUCAAGCCACCGAGCAAGGAUGGGCUAACCAGCCUGCUCAGUCAGCAAAUGGUCCUGGUGGGACCGUUGGGUGGGCAAAUCCUGUAAAAAGGUUGAGGACGGAUGCAGGUAAAAGGAGGCCAAGCCAUUUAUGAUUGUUGGAAUAAUGGUCCUGUUAAUGUAAUGGAGGAAAUGUCUUCAAACUGUUCAUGGAAUUCAGGUCCUCAGUGUGAUCAGUGAUCUUGGCAGCUUGAACAAAUGUAGUUAGCUCAUGCUGUUAACAUAGUUUAGGUGUUUGUUUUGCCACUGUAUAUGCUCUCAUCAAAUGGAAUUUAAUGGUUGGCGUAUCCGCGCCUUGUAGAUAUUCAUAUGCCUUCCAUACCAAUGAAUUCUCUCGUCUCUCUCUCUC